CGACUCUCCCUGUGCACAUUAUGCAGACCGUUUCCAGUGUUGAAGAAGUCAUGAUAUUUUCUUCUUCUUGGAUGUUUAUUGUGAGUUUCAUAGUACCAGUCAUAUUGUCAUACGAUGAAAUGACUGUCUAUGGUAACUGUUCACGAACUCGCCCUCCAGAACACCUUGUAGUAUUGGGAAAGCCGUUUCAGAGAGAGCCUUUCAACUGCACACUGUAUGGGACUGAACGGUGUAAAGGCAGUCUCCCACCACAUCUGGAGGGUACUAUCUCAGCUACACCUCCCACUUCCUUGUCAGUGAAUGGAACACUUAUUGCCGACCCCAACCAGAACAGCAGUCCUCAGAUCAUCAUUGAAUGGGAGACACCAGAAAGUGACGCUGGGCGUGGACGAAUUCAUGGAUUUCGUCUUGAAAUUCGGAUACAUGACAUGACAGAUAACAGUUCCAAACUCGUUUGCAGGAUAUUUGAUUUUUCUCAUUCUCUGUUCAACCCAAGCGGUGCCAAGCUGAUAUUUCAAAAGAAACUGGUUGGAUUCGUUGGGGGGUCGCACCUGCUGUAUCAGCUCCAUCUAUCGUCUCUCCCACAUCACUCACCAGAUGUCAGACUGACCAGGUUCUUCACACUGCAGCCUGUUCAAAAGGGAAUAGACAUUCCCGCUAGAAACUGGAUACCGUUUAUAUCCUAUGAUGAAAUACAGUUCACUGCUCCUGCUAAUAUCGAGGCCAGAUUCAGCCUAGCACCCCUUAGAUAUGGCUUCAGGCAAUACACAGUGAUGCUGGUGUCCAAGAAUGACAGUUUAAAUGCUGUAGAAACAUGCAUUGUGUCGACUGAUUCAGGUUACUUUUGUCAAGAGAGGGAAUUUGAUCCCCCUUCCCAAAAUGAGACCACAUUCCUGGCUUCCUUCAGAGAUAUUGCAGCUGGAGAGUACGUCAUCCAUAUUCAACCUGUGGACCCUUACAGCCAGGAUGACUUAAGGUGCGUGUGUUAUUCUGCCAUUUACCAUGGAGUGAGGCAAUGUCAGCCGUGUCUGGAUACACCCUCCACCAUGUUCACUGUAGGCUGCUCCGCCCAAAUCAGCAGGCCCAUGACAACUACAACCGUCACGACAAGUGUGACUACAACAAACACGUCCAUGAUAACUACCGCCACCACGUCUAUGAUGACAACCACCACCACGCCCAUGAUAACUACAACCACGAUGUCAAAGAAUACUACAACUACCACGCCAACAAUGACAGCAACCACAAGGCACAUGACAACUACAACCACCAUGUCCAUGAUGAAUACAACCACCACGCCCAAGAUAACUACAUUCUCGCGCCUGAUGUCUACAACCACCACGCCCAUCAUAACUAAAAUCACCACGCCAAAUAUGACAACAACCACCAUGCCCCCGAUAACUACAACCACCAUGCCAGUCCCCAAUGCCGCGACACAACUGACACCGUUGCAAAGAACACCUCGUCUCAUUCUACUUCACCUAUUGAGUGUAUUUGCAUUAUGAACGUGAUACUGAUGGUUUGAUAAAACAAGAACAUUUUAUUAUGAAGGCGGCGGUCUUGUUGUUAAAUGCUUAAUUCUGCUUUAAGAUGAUAUAACGUUACUAUUGAAGACUCUGGGAAAACAUUUGACUGUGGGUUACCUCCUUACUGGUUCACUUUACCGGUAUGGAGAAUGGAGAGAUCUCGUGGUUUCGCGAGAACUGAAACUACUAAGGGCUGGCAACUCCGUAUUGCGGAUGGAGACGUCCCCGCCGGCGUCUGACACAGCAAUAGUGACACUGGAGUCCCUCAACAUGCGACAGUUGCCCUUAUUAAACCACGUAUGGAACGGGUCCUUGGCAUGCACGAUAUGAACCCAGGACCUUAGUCAGCGCCCUCCAGUAUCUAGGAAGGUGCAACUCGAUGCUUGCGUUCCUCAACGUCUUUAGUUUCCGUGUAAUGUAAUGGCAUGGGUUGGCAUCAAUACUCAUGGGAGAAAAUUAUUGUUCGAGGUCAUGUUCUACUCUUGGAGAAGAUUCUGUUUCUCCAGACUUCUCCCCCUCGAUCAUGUCUUGGAUGAGAUGAUGCACACGGCUACGACAUGACCACAAUCAGCCGGUAACACAAGCUCAGUAGAACCAAAUGUUUGGGUUGAUAUUUGGAACAACAUCCCCAGUCAAAAUGUCGUGUCUCAUAUGGUGAUUUGUAUAACAGCACAAGACCUGCAAAACUGUCUAACUUUUAUACACAUCUUAUCCAUUUCAGUUUUAGUUUGGUGUGUAAUGUAGUUUUACACCAUGAUAUUUAUUUUAUUUAUUUGUAGUAUUUUAUAACGAUUUGUGAUAUUUUGCAUGUUACUUGUAUAUACGUUAAAUCGUAUUUAACAAAGGUUGCUAUUUACAUGAUUCUAUUGUUCACAAUACCAAUCACUGAAUUGUCUGGUCCAGUCUCGAUUAUUUACAGGCCGCCGUCAUAUAGGUGGAAUAUUGCUGAGUGCGUCGUUGAACAACUAACAAACAAACAUAUCUGAUUUUACCUCAGCAUAAGAACCUGAUAAAACAUGUAACUGUUUUUUUUCUAAUGUUCCAACUGGAAUUAAUUAUAUUCCAUAACAUAUGUGUUUAUAGUGGAAACAAUA